CGUGGGCCCCGGAGCGGGGCAGCCCCGGCGCGGGCGGGGGGCGGGGGGGCUGCGGCGGGAUCAGGCCUCCGCGGAAGCGCGGCUGGAUGAUCACCGGGACUUCACCGUCUCUUACUUUGUUAGGAAAGCCACCAGGAGUAUACCCGGAGCAGGCCUCGACGUCCAGACAUGGUCAACCCCACCGUGUUCUUUGACAUCCCCGUGGACAGCGAGCCUUUGAGCCGCGUCUCCUUCGAGCUGUUUGCAGACCAAGUUCCAAAGACAGCAGAGAACUUUCAUGCUCUGAGUACUGGAGAGAAGGGAUUCGGUUACAAAGGUUCCUGCUUUCACAGGAUUAUCCCAGGAUUUAUGUGCCAGGGUGGGGACUUCACGCGCCACGAUGGCACUGGCGACAAGACCAUCUAUGGGGAGAAGUUUGAUGACGAGAACUUCACCCUGAAGCCCGCGGGGCCUGGCAUCUUGUCCAUGGCCAACGCUGGACCCAACACCAACGAAGGUUCAACACUGGAAGAAGCUUCAAAUAACCGUAUCCUCUUAGAAUGGAACAAAGGCAUUGUGGGACAUGUGGCAGCACUUGGUGAGCCCUUGAACAUCAAAGAUGCUUAUGAGGAGAGAGAGAGAGAACAGGAGGAAAGAAAAGGAAGGAGCAAAAAUCUCAAGCUGAUUCUGUGCUGAGCACGGAGCCCCACUCAGGGCUUGAUCCCAUGACCUCAACAUCAUGACCUGAGCCCAAACCAAGAGUCUGACCCUUAACUGACUGAGCAACCCAGGCACGCUGCAACUUUCCCAUCUUGUAAAUGCCAGAGUUUCGUUACUGGUGGUUGAGUCAAGGAUAUGGGCCAUAGAGAAAUCUUGUCCUUUUUUAUUUUUUUAAAGAUUUUAUUCAUUUAUUCAUGAGAGACACAGAGAGAGGCAGAGACAAAGGCAGAGGGAGAGGCAGGCUCCUCAUGGGAAGCCCGAUGCGGGACUCAAUCCUGAAACUCUGGAGUCACUCCCUGAGCCGAAGGUAGAUGCCUAACCUCUGAGCCACCCCGGUGUCCCUGUCUUGUUUUUCUCCUUAUGAUAAUUUAACAUAGUUCAUCUCAUAGUUGUAUUCUCUUCUUUUUUUACCUCCCAAAUAUACAUAUCCUUAUCUAUGUUAUAUCCACAUGAAAUUCUGGGGAUAUUACUGAGAUUCUAAAGCACUCGAUCCAAAACUGUCAAAAAACCAAACCGGUAGUCUUUUUACAUUCUUUUGAAGUCCCAUUGACACCAAUAUCUGAUUUUCUUUCCUUUCAUCCUUUCUUUGAUUUAUUGUAUUUGACAAAUAAAUAUGUCUUUAAAAAAUGGUAAUUGUUGCUGUAAAAUAUUUCAGCAGGGAUAUUUGACAUCCUUCCACUUUUG